CGUAAUUUCUACAAUCUUGGUUAGGCUUGUUGGGUAUAGUUUGUUAAAAUUAAAUGGAAAAAUAGCCCUUACUUUGGUUUGGCUUGGUAAAUGGUACCCAAGUUGACUUGAUGUUCUAUUUGUCUGCAGUGUAUGAUAAUAUAACGGAGGUUAACAGGAAAUAUUUCCACUGGGGAGAAUGUGACAAUACACGUCGUGAAUGUAGAGCGUGGGCAAAGCAAGGCAUGUGUCAAUACAAACCAGACAAGAUGAAUUCAUGGUGUCCUUGGAGUUGUCAUAUGUGUGCACCGGAGCAAAUGGUGAUACACAAGGGAUGCGAAGAUCAUAGCUCGUCCUGCAAGGACUGGGCCAAGAGAGGCCACUGCGAAGAAAAGCCAAUUUUCAUGUUUGCUUUCUGUCGCUGGACUUGCAAACAGUGCGCUAAGGAAUCGGUUACCACAACAGUUCGUGAUAGAAUGCCGCAACAGUGUCGAAAAUGGGUACGAAAUGGCGACUGUUACCUUCACCAAGCGUUCAUGUUGCAGAACUGUAGAAAGUCUUGUAUGGCCGGUGGAUAUGUAGACGGUAAAAGGUGUCUGGACAGCUCGGUGCAUUGUCAUAGAUUGGCUAGGCUAGGAUACUGCAGAGAAUCAACAAGUAAAUCUGUCAUGAGAAAAUACUGCCGCUACAGCUGCAGAUGGUGUUGAUUGGCUCCUUCAUUAUAGACUGGUCAUGGUCUCUAACUUAGCAAUUAAAGUACUAGCUUGAAUUUUCUAUCGGGUAACAAUUGACGGGGACGCAGCCCUUAGUCAACUCUUACGUAUAUAAAUCGAGAGUGAGUAAUCUAAUUGUUUCAGCAUAAAUCUACUAGUUGUUCAACUGAUAUUUAUCUAAAUCAGCUCUCCACAGACACUUCAAGAAAGGAGAGAAGCGGCCGCCAUUUUGUUAACAACCACACAC